GCACAACAAUAACAAAGGAAAGCAGUGAGACCUCGGAGGGACAGAGAAGGAGAUAUAUGCUCGCGUUUAAGGGUCCACAAAAAUAGUGUUUUCUUCAGAGAAGAAGUAUUUAUAUAGAUAUAUUUAUAUUGUGUAACAUAUUCUACCUCAACCUUCAAAGCGAGCUGAGUUUUGCUUUGUUUUUUUUAAUUCUAAGAAACAGUUACAAUCUUCCUGUUUACACUCGUUCUGUGUUCUGUGCCGCAGGGCCUUAACUUUUGCACAGCUGGUGAAAGCUAUGACUGAGCUUUAAGUGUUCCUAAUACGUGAAGGAGAAACUCAUGCACUUCAGCACCUUUCUCAAGGCUUCUGUGAGCGGCUAUAGCAGCUGAUGACCAAAGAGCCCCAUCCUCAAGCGACACUAGCAGGACUGAUCUGGCCCCCUCCCACUCCUCCUCUCCCAGCUCCCGCACCAUGUUCCAGAGGUUCACCAGUAUCCUGUUCGGAGAUGCCCUGGAGGAGGCCAGUGAAUGUCCGGCUGAUGUGGGCUUUAACAGAAAUGAAGAUGAUGAGGACUGGAUCCUCGUUGAUUAUCUCGCUGAAGCAUGCACCAGUGCCUGUGAGGAUGAGUUGAUAGAGGUCUGCUCAGAGAACAUAGAUGCUCCUGACUGCCCUCUGCGCUGCUCCUCCUGCUCCUCUCUGGACUCAGCAGCCGACACGGACCCUGAUGACCAAGGGUUCUUGCGCCUGGAUGCAGAGUGUGGUCUGGAGGAGAGCUGGUUUAUCACGCCACCGCCAUGCUUCACAGCUGGAGGAAGAGGUCCAGUUCUUCUGGAGACCAGUCCUCUGGAGAAUCUGCUCAUUGAGCACCCCAGCAUGUCUGUCUAUGCUGUGCAUAGCUCACCCCACCGCCAGCUGAAGGAAAACUCCUGUGAACCCUGCAUCCUCAGGUCUGAAGUUCAGUGCAGAUCUAGUCACCCUACUGGCUGCUAUGCAGCCGCUCUCACUGCCACACGUGCCAGCUUCCUGGAGCAGGCCAAAAAUGGACGCCUGGCUCAGAGGAUUCGGGACAGUGUGCAGCGCCAGCAGCUGUCCCGUAACGCGCUCCGCCGCCUGAACCUGCUCCGUGAUGGGGGAGCCAAGCAGGCCAAAUCCACCGCAGGUCAUGUCCACCAGCCUGGACAGAGGCAGUACAACUACUGAGACCAUUGCCACUGUGCUCCCCCAAAUAAUACUUAUUCUCUCUCUCUCUCUCUCUCUCUCUCUCUCUCUCUCUCUCUCUCUCUCUCUCUCUCUCUUUCUCUCUCUUUCUCUCUCUCAUUCUCUUUUCCCAGCUCUAUGCUAGGAGUUAUUAUUUCUUACAUAGACACAAUGGGAUCCUUCAGAAUCAAUAGCAUAGGUCACUUUACUCCAGUGCAGGUACCAAUCUGCUCGAGCACAUGUCCAAAUCAAGCUCUGUUUAGCUCUGGUUCUCCUACCUGGAGCAGACAAUAUAUUUUUAAUUGUGUCACAAGCUAGAGAGCAAUGGUUCAUGUAGUGUGAAUGUAGGUUUUUGUCAUCAUCAUUGUUAUUGUUAUUAUUAUUAUUGUUAUUAUUAAUAUUAUUUUGCAUGUUGUAUGUUAGUGGACAUGCAGGAAUUGUAUCAUCCUGUGUCUACUUGCUUCAGAUGCAACAAUGUUCUGUUUCUAUAAUUUUUCUUUUUUUUGCAUCACUAACUGCACUCAAUCUAUAACAGAUUGCAUUUUCUGUUUCAGAAAAAUUCCUUUUGCUACAAUAUUUUAAGUCUAGAAUUACUCUUCACUAAAAGCCUUUAAUAGUAAAUUUCCAAAUAUGUAAGAUUUAUAUUUUAAAAAAAAAGAAAAAAACAACUAUUGAAAUAUUUUUAAAAAAGAACAAAAAAAACUUGCAUAUAUUGUAUAUACCUGUAUGAGGUUGUGUUAUCUGCAGUGUGAGGUAUGUAUGUAGCUUUUUUAUGGUAGCAGGCAUUUUUGUAUGACAUUAUAGUGCAUAAAAACAGUUGCGUGUUUUAUUGUUGGUUUGCUUUGAAUCUGCCAUACAUGUCUCAGGGUCACAAUGCAGUCACUUGUACUCUACUAAAAUGCAGAUUACUUGACAAUUGUUAAUUGUAUUUGUACAUACUGAAGAACUUCUCAAAUUUGUCAUUGUGUACAUUGCCUUGUUUAAAUAUUUUGUAAUUAAUCACUUUUAACUAAGCUGAAUGAAAUCUAAAGGCUAGCUCGUCCUAGGGCUGUGAAAACAGUCUUUCUCUUGACUGUUAAAAUCUGCAAACAGUGAGUAAAAACUGUUCAUCUUUUUCUGAAAAUGUCUUUUCAGAAAUGUUUUUUUUCUCACUUUUAUGCCUCAUGUUUCAUUAGUUACAUAAAAGUUGUUCAAUAUUUAAACCUAAUGUAGCAACAAACUUACAUGUUAGUAGUGUUAUAUACAUAUUUUUUUUUCUUCAGAUUUGUCAUUUUGUCUGUAUUUGUGUUCAUUGAUCUGUCAGAAAUCACAAAAUACUGUUGAGACACGUUGAAUGUGUCCUAUGCAGAUGAACUCGACUGAUCGAUAUGAAGUGCAAGCUUAAUUCAUGGCAAACAAUCACAGCUGGUAUUCAUGAAAAUAUUCACUGUACUUGAGUGAGCAAAAUGAAUAGCACACCUAAGAUACUCUGUCCCUGGGCACAGGAAUAUGAUGUGUGUUAUUUGACUUAUUUCACGUAACAUUGUUUUCUUUAGCAUUAUUUCUGCAGUUAUUGGGAUUUUUAGUAACGCGGCAGCUUUGUCUACUUUGCAUGAUUUUGUCUGGAGGAGCAGCGUUUCGUUUCGUUUUCAGCAAUCUAACUUUUCAUGUUAACAACAGGGAUUUUUAUUUUACCUUACCUUGAAAUCUGUUAAGGAUCUUGUGCCUUCCAGGUGAACAGUGUGACAAUGCAUUAGUGAAGAACUUGAAUUCUGUCCAAAGGGACUUUAACUCACUAUGCACUAUGGGGAGUAAAAUUGUCUCUGUGAGCCACUCACUCUGUCCUUGUUUUUCCAUAAAAAUGUAGCAAAGGUUCUGUGUUUGUGGAGGGCAUUAAUAAUGUGCCCCUGCUCACUAGGUGUCAGUCAGACAAUUUUAUGAUUUUCAGUUUACUGGAAUUAAAACGGCACUUUGCCAAAUGAGUAGAUUUAAGUAUCAUGUGUUUUUAUUUUCCCUUUCUUACCUUGUGGAUUCAUAUUUAAAAUGUACACCAUCUUUUAUUUGUAACUUGCAUAAUUUACUGUCGUAAAGCCUCUUUUCAGUAUAAUUUAUGCUUGUUUAUUUUUCAAUAAAUGCUUUGGUUUUUAAACGAA